AUCCCCUCAAUUUCUAGUUCUUUGCCACCACAAGAAGAGCUGCUACAAGCCUUCUUGUACAUGUCGAUCUUUUUCCCUUUUAAUGAUCUCUUUGGGAUACUAUAAGCUUAGCAGCAGUAGUGCUGGAUCCAAGGGGACACACUUUGAGAGCCCCUUGCGCGGAGUUCCAAAUACAGAAUGUUGGCCUGGAUGGCUGCUUAGCUUAACUUCACUUAGGAAAUGUUUGGGGAGUUGUGUACACUGACUUUUCCCAUGUCUAGGGAGCCUGAUAUAGAGGUUAGGCCUAGGCUGUCCCCAGGGAUUGCAUAAAACAGCUGCUAAGAUGGGUGUAUUUAGCUGCCCCUUCUGGCUCUGCAGCUCCGCCUCCUUCUUCCCUCCUCGACCAGGGUUCUCUCAUGACUGACUGCUUUCCUUUUCUUAGCUUCUAGUCUUUAUAACCCACCCUCUUUUGCAUACUCUCUCUUAUUACCAGAUCCAACUUCCAUUUUAAAGUUUUCCUCUCUUUCAUAAAUCUCAUUCUUCCAAAACUUUUCAUGCAACUUACCAUACUUUUUCUUUUUCUUUUUCUUUUUCUUUUUCCUGUGCUUGCCAGGUGGGUCUUUCCUAGGCAAACUUGGUGGUCUCUCUGUGGGGAGCUAAAAGCCAAUGGGCCCUGAUCUAGGGAGAAGAAGUCUCUCCUCAAUGGCACUCAGUGAAGAAAAGACUUUGGCAGAGAGUGAGACUGAAGGAGAGACAGUGCUGGAUGGGAAUGUGAAGCCCCAUGGAAAUUGGAACAGUCAGGAACUAGAGACAGAUUGCUCCAUGGCUCUAGGCAGCAUGCAACAUUUUAUAGAUGCCAGGGGAGGAAAAUGUUUCCCACCGGGGGAAGAAGAAGAGUUGACCAACAGGAAGGCUGUGCCUGACCACAUUGUUGCAGCUGGAGCGUGGAAGAAACACCAUAGCGAAACUUCAGAGGGAGACCCCUUCAUCACUGAAUCAGAACCUGUAUAUAGUCAUUUGCUUCCUGAAGACAGGACUGCAACUGGAACAGAAAAUCUUUUGUCCAAAGUAGGAGCCCAGAUUGAAGAGAAAUUGUGUCUUGAUUCUCCAGAGCUCCUUCAGAGUAUUACUGAUCCUCUAGCCAGGACUCUCAGCUCAGGAGAAGUUGCCGAUGACGAAGACGACCAUUCCAGUUUGGAAUCCCCCCGAAUCCAUGAUUCUAGACAACAACCCUACAACUCCAGUUCUUCUUUCUCAUUGAAGUGGAAAUCUUUCUUGAACCUAGAUGUAUCUGCCCUUUCUUUUUCCAGUCACAGGUUUCCCACCUCCCCUCCCCAAAAUGGCUGCCUACAACAGAGAAACAAGACAGGAUCCCACAGCCUAUGGCCUGCUACAAGCUCCUCAUGUGUGCCAUCUGACUUGUUGAGCUCUGCAUCGGGCCCCAUGCCUCCCACCCCCAGGAGCGGCGGAGCCGUGGCUGAGGCAAGCACGCGGCGGUCCUCCUUUCAGGCUGAUUACUGGGCUUGUGUGCUGCCCGACUCCCUGCCUCCAUCUCCUGAUCGCCGCUCCCGUCUCUGGAAUCCAAAUAAAGAGUAUGAAGAUUUACUGGAUUAUACAUACCCUUUAAAGCCCAAGGCUCAGCUUCCAAAGCAUGCUGACAGCCAUGUGCUGGCCAACCCCUUCCUGCAUGAUUCAGGGGUUGACGUGGACAGCUUCUCCCUGUCUCCGGAGAACACCCUGAAGUCCCCCGCUACUCUGUCUCAUGACUGCCUUCCAACAGAACCAGAUGUCCAGCUUCCUUCAGAGCCCAGAAAUUCUGAGGACAGGUUUUCUACUAUGGUGUCCCAGACCCAAGGUGGCUUGAGACUGGCGGCUUCUGGUCACCUUACGUCUACUCCCAAAGCCAGUAAUAGACAAGCUUUUCAGAAUGACAAAGAGCAGCCCUUAAUGAACCUCAGGAAACCUCUACCUGUGGGAAGAUGCCUUGAGGCUCACUUGCCAUCACCAGGAGAAUGGUCCAGGAGCAGUUCUUUUUCAACACUUAUAGGAAAGAAUGGUGCCAGUGGUGAUCUCCAGAGUCUUUCCUAUGACGCUUCCAUGGAAUCAGGGUGGAAAACAUCAGAGGAUAUUGAAAUUGAAGAAGAGUAUCUUGCCCUGCCCCCUCGGCUGACCCAGUUUUCCAGUCUGGCUCCAUAUCUGUCCACCAUUCAGACGAACAAUUCCCAGCCUUCUGUAUCCACUAAAGGGCAAGAUUUACCAGCUGCCUCUAGUCAAGAGCCAACUCCCCUUCUGCACCCUAGCACCCAGAAGUCUCCUGCUUGGAAAAAAUCCAGAGGGAAGUGGGGUACUACACACAGGGAUUGCUGUACCCAGAUCCCCCACUAUGAGUUUCAAGAACUUGAUAGAGAAGGUGAUAAUAACAUAUUGAUCAGUCAGGACCCAAGAGGCCCACUCAGCCAGCCAAGGACAAUCUCCUCCUUAAGGAAAAUGCUUGCUGGGCUGGCUUAUUCUGACUUGAAACAAGGACAGCAUUUAAAGAAAGAGAGGGACCAAGAAAGAGAAUCCCUUCUCCAGUGUGUGAAGACAUUUUGCUGUCACCUUGAAGAGCUGAUUUGCUGGCUGUAUAAAGUAGCUGAAGUUACAGACAACUUGAUUCCAUCAAAAUCUAACAUUUCAAGCCUCAAGUCUUCCCUACAGCUUUAUCGGCAAUUUAAAAAAGACAUAGCUGAACACCAAUCCCUGACCGAGAGUGUCUUACAGAAAGGGGAAAUUCUGCUCCAGUGCUUGUUGGAUAACACACCAGUUUUAAAGGAUGUUCUUGGGUUGAUUGCAAGGCAAUCCAGUGAGCUUGAGGACCAUGCAGAACGACUAUAUGACUCGGUCUUAGCAGCUUUAGAUGUUUUGGCCGGGAGCACGUCUGGCCCAGACAGCAAGCCAGCUACAUGUGAAAGGAUAUAAUCAGGUAACAUCUCAAGGCUCAAGGAAUCUGUUAGCCCAAACCUGGUUGUUUGGAAAAACAAGAAUUUGCUGGAAGCCAAGCCAAAGCAAUGAUUGUUUUGUCGGAUCAUUCUGAUGUAGCAGAGAGAACUAUAGCAUUGACCUACUGGCUCUUAAAUGAUUUUUCAUGUGUGAAGUGGACAGCUACUUGAAUUAUUGAAAAAAUACCUUCCAGACCAAGGUUUUUUUUCAAAUGGUGCUUCCAGUGACUCUAUAGGGAUUGCCAAGCCACUCAGCUUCUCAGUUCUUAAUAGAAAAUAGCCUAAGUGACAAGUCUGUCCCCUUAAAAAGAAAAGGGAAUGGUAGCAACUGUCCUCAUAACCAGACUUAGUCUCAGGAACCAGUUUGCAUCACCUGUUUUUAUUAAGUGUCCACAGAGGGCUGGGAAAUUUAACAUGGAAAAUACUUGGCCUCCAAAUUGCGAACUAAAAAGAGUGUUGGCCGAUCUUUCCACAACAAAACCUCAUUUGGGAAAAAACCAAACCUGGUUUGGUUUUUUUGCAUGUUUACAACAGGAAGGCAUCAACACUUGACCUACUGAUGACAACUGAAUACAUCCCAUCAAAACGUUGGGAAAUAGUAAGUAACACUAGUUUUCCUGCUAUGCCAGUUGUCUUUGUUAAAUUGAAAGAUGGCACCUCCAGUACACAUUAAAUGCCUAUUACUGAAGGCAUUUUAGAUUCUUUUCAAGUGGAUGAUCUGAUGUGAUUUUUAUGCCCAUCUCUUGGGUAACUUGAGUGUUUGGCUGGCCUCGUUUAAUUCCUUAACGUUUAGGCUCUAAGUGUACUUUGCCAUCCUGAGUGUAAACACUAGAAAAAGAAAAUGCAAUCUCCUCGCAAUUUUAAAGUGGAAAUGUAAUUUAACCAUUUAAAUAAUUCUAUACCUUUUUAGAAUGACACAAGAGGCUUGCAGAACAGAUCAUUUUCCCAAACUGAAUUUACUCAGGUCAUGAAUGAAUGAACAUAGAGGAAAGCAAGUAGAAUAUAAACUUAAUUAAGAAUUGAGAAAAGGAUGUUUAGUAGUGAAAUAUUAGAGGAAAAGAACUCAGAGCUUUGGGGAAAUACUUUUCAGUUUGAACAGGUUACUUUAUAAAGAAAAUGAAAUGAUGAAAGAUGGAAUAGGUCAACUGUAGAGUUAAUCAUUUUCUGAGGUUAACCUCAGAAAGUCUGAGAUACACAUUUCUAAAUUGGUUCAUAUAGACAUGAAGUCCCGAUGACAGCAUUAAGAUUUCAAAUACUUGAGUUUUAGGUGGUAUAGUGAAUAAAUUAAACUACUAUCCUUAAAAAUAGAAGAAGUCCAACAUUCAUUUCUAGCCAAAGAAAAUUAUAAGUCCCCUAGUGCAGUGCUGUCAGAUUUCUUGAAAAUUAGGUGAUGUCUUGGGACAUAUAAAAUGUAAAUUGCUUACCUAGAUGAGCUAGCCAGCUCCAACCAUUUCAAAUUGUUGGUUACACAUAUUACAAAGAGGUAAUUCCUGUCUAGUUCUUUAGAGAGGAUUUUCAAUUUGGUGAUAAUGUUUAUGGGAAGGAAAUAACGCCCUUAAGACUCAAGACCGAUUAAAACACCCAAUCUUUCUAAAUGUAUUGUUAAUAACAUACACUAUGAAGUCACAGGCUAAAGACUUCUGUUCAAGUUCUGCUCCUGACAGUAUGACUGUGAUCCUGAGCAGAAGUGACCUAAAUCUUGCAGUAUUCGGUCCUCUUUUCCUCCCUUCAGGCAGUUCUCUAAGACUGAAGGAGGUGCUAAUAAUCAGUAUUGAUGGAAUCAACCUAUUAGAAAUGAAAUGUCCUAGAAAUACUUUUUUUCCUUUCCCCUUCUCCCCCCAAAAAAGUAUAAAGACAGUUUUGGUUUAGGAGAGAAAAAACCAUUGGGAUUAGAGUUAAAAAAAAAAAAAAAGUCUUAUUCCUGCCAGACACUAAUCAUGUGACUGUGGACAAAUCACUUUAGCAGUUUGUUUCCUCUCAUAAUAUGUGACUACCUAUAGUAGUCACAUCUCAUAGGUUUAUACCAUGAUGUUAAAAUGAAAAUAUGGGUAAAGUAAUGUAAAAAAUACUAAAGAGCUUCUCAAAAUGUGCUCAAAAUAAUGAGACAGGUUCUAGGAAGUUGAAAAUAUUUUCAUAACUGCAUUUUAAUUCUAAAUUAGAAAUUUGAAAGUCCUCAGUUAAGUAUAAAGAGGUCUUCUUAAGAAUGUUAAGAAAACCAUUGAUCUGAGUCAUACUGGUUUUGUCAUCAAUAAUGGAGGGAAUUCCUGAUAUUAGUGAUAUCAGUAACUUCAUAUUUUGUCCCCAGAUACACGGUAAUACUUAAGAGAAAUACCAGUUUGUCACAUUUAAACUGAUUUGAAAAUAGAAGUAACUUGUACAUGAAUCAGCUGUGAGUAGAACAUCCUAUAGAAGGUGGUACUCAGUACUAUGUAACAAGUGAUGGGAGAAAAUGAAAUUCCGAAUUCUGCAACUAAUGGUGCCUCCUGAAAUCUAGUACUGGAUUUAUACAACUUCCACAAAACGCUCUUGGGAGAGGCUCUUUUUCUUUAAGUAAAGGAUUCAUACAAAAGGCUUUUUAAGCUAUUACCAUUCAAAUCCUUUUCCCAAUUGAGUAGCAAAACACCAUAGUAUCUUAUCUGUGGAAGCUAACUUUAUAGCUGGCUGAGAAUGCCACUAAGCCCAGUUGACAGCCACUAUUCUUAAAAAAAAAAAAAAAAAAAAAAAAAAAAAAAAUUUGG